AACCAGAACCUUGGUUCUCUCCCAGUCCUGGCUAUCCACCCUCCCAACCCUCCUUUUAUAAAAUCCAUCCUCGGGCUUCUCUCUCUCUGUCUCGCACUUUCUGAUUGAAGUCAACCUCUCUCUUCCGAAAGUCUUUAACGUUACUGGCAUAGUUCGGUUCUUGGUUCUGAAUUUAACUCAUGGCUUCUUCAGUUUUUUUCCUCUGUUUGAUACUCUGUAUUUCAAGCUUCUCUGUUUCGUUCUCAGGUAUUGUGCUUUUACCUCUAACCCACUCCCUGUCCAAGACCCAAUUCAACAGUACCCACCACCUCCUCAAAUCCACGUCCACCCGCUCAGCCACGCGUUUCCACGGCCACCACCAGCGCCGCCAAGUCUCUCUCCCGCUUUCUCCGGGCAGCGACUAUACCCUCUCCUUCACUGUGGGUUCCAACCCUCCCCAACCCAUCUCUCUCUACAUGGAUACAGGUUCCGAUCUUGUCUGGUUCCCCUGUUCCCCCUUCGAAUGCAUUCUCUGCGAAGGUAAGUACGACCCCUCUACCGCCACUCCCCUACCCAAAAUACACAAAAACGCCACUGUUUCAUGCAAGUCACCUGCUUGCUCCGCUGCCCACUCCUCCCUCUCCUCCUCCGACCUCUGUGCCAUUUCCCGCUGUCCUUUAGAAUCCAUUGAAAUUUCUGACUGCUCCUCCUUUUCCUGCCCACCUUUUUACUAUGCCUACGGCGAUGGAAGCUUAAUCGCUCGGCUUUACAAAGAUAGCUUGUCCAUACCCACCUCAGCUCAUCCUUCUCUGUUCCUUCCAAAUUUCACUUUCGGGUGCGCCCACACAACCCUUGGUGAGCCCAUUGGGGUCGCUGGCUUUGGCCGUGGCUUGCUUUCUUUACCUGCCCAGCUCGCCAGCUUCUCCCCGCAGCUGGGCAACCGAUUCUCCUACUGCCUGGUCUCUCAUUCCUUCGACCAAGACCGAGUUCGCCGCCCGAGUCCACUCAUCCUCGGUCGCUACGACGAGGAGGAAAAGGACUUGGGCAACGAUCGAACCGGGUUCGUGUACACGUCCAUGCUCGAGAACCCGAAACACCCCUACUUCUACUGCGUCGGACUCGAGGGAAUCUCCGUCGGAAAGAGGACUAUUCAAGCCCCGGAGACACUGAAACGAAUCGACAGGAGAGGGAGCGGCGGGAUGGUGGUGGAUUCUGGGACAACAUUCACGAUGUUGCCGGCGAUUUUGUACGGUUCGGUGGUGAACGAGUUCGAGCGCCGAGUGGGGCGUGUUCACGAGCGGGCGAGUAAGGUGGAGGAGAAGACCGGUCUCGCGCCUUGUUAUUACUAUGACAAGGUAGUGAAUGUGCCAGCCGUGGUGCUUCACUUUGUGGGGAACAAAUCCAGUGUGGUGUUGCCUCGGAGGAAUUAUUUCUACGAGUUUGUGGACGGUGACAAGAAGAGGAAGGUGGGGUGUUUGAUGUUGAUGAACGGUGGAGAUGAGGAGGAGUUGAGUGGUGGGCCCGGGGCCACGCUAGGGAACUACCAGCAGCAGGGGUUCGAGGUGGCAUACGAUUUGGAGACGAGAAAGGUUGGGUUCGCUAGGAGACACUGCGCAUCGCUUUGGGAUAGUCUCAACCGUGGAUAACCAAUAAUUUGGUCUGUUGUGAUGAACGGCUGAGAUCUUCUGGAACUCGGGUUGACUUUUGAAAUGGGGUUUGACCUGUGUGGAGGGCCAUCUGUAAAUGGGUCGGGUUACUGCUUGGGGGUGGAAAUAAAAGUGGG